GCACACUAAGCUGAAUAGGGACAGACCUUGCGACCUGCGCGAGCUGGGGUAGCGUCGUAAUCCGAAACCCUGGGACGAAGGAUAUCCUCUCUUUCCCGAAGCCCAGCUCGCUCCAAGUGGGGUUCACAGGACACCUUUGAUCGACAGAGCAGGAGCAUCGGGGCAUGAACUUCUUGCACACCCCCACUGCGGCGAUGCUUAGUCGUUGCCGAGGCGGCUUUCUGCCGUUGGCAACUAACUAUCUCCUAUCCACAUCAAACGCGCGUCGCGGGAGUGAGCAAGACAAUCAGGCGGAAACUAGGAGUUUGCCUUGUUCGGUUCAUGCUCAGCAGAAUUUCUACAUUACGCUUAAAGUACUCCAUGACUUCCGCUCUCGCCCGUUCCCCUAGCUAGAAACUUAUCAUCUUUGUUGUCUUGUCCUUUCUAGAUCUCCACGACAACCUCAUCCUCAUUCUGACUACCCACAACUCAGACAUGUCUAUAGUUUCUCGAAUCUUCAACUUUCCCGGUCUUACCAUCGCUGGUGCCGCCGAGUAUCUUGUGAUUGUCAAGUUACUCCCCGAGUACUUCAGCUUGCAUGACCGAUUCACAGCUGUCGUCGGUACCAUCCUGGUCAACUAUGCCUUCGGGCUCAUCUUUUGGGCAGUCUUGUACCCCAACUUCUUCAGCCCACUUCGGCGGAUCUCUGGGCCGAAAGCGAUAAUCAGUGCUGCUUAUCGAACUCUGGUUGUAAGGGAAGGACCUGCGGGAGACCUGUUCCUUGACCUGGCCAAGCGGUAUCCGGAUGAAGACUUGGUCGCCUUAGAUGCUUUCAGACGGCAUAUCUUCGUCGCCAAACCUCACCUUCUGGCCGACUUGCUUUCGCAUAAAUGCUACGACUUCGCCAAACCGAGGAGGAUCGCUUCUUUUUUGCGGCUUGUCAUCGGGGAUGGCCUCAUUACGCUGGAAGAGGACAAGCACAAGUUCCUGCGCAAAAACACCUUGCCUGCCUUCCACGCCCGGCACAUCACGGAUCUGUACCCCAUGAUGUGGACGAAGGCCGGCAUCUUGACCAGGAAGCUCCAAAGCGAAAUUGCCAACGGCGCCAGUAGCGAGUCCAAGGGCUCGGCUGUGCUCGAAUUGACGGCUUGGGCGAGCAAAGUCACGCUCGACAUCAUCGGGAUUGCCGGCAUGGGUCGUGAGAUAAACGCCGUCGAGAAAUCGAGCGAUCCACUGCAGGAAUUGUAUGAAGAACUCCUGGAGCCGAGCCGGGAGAAAAUCGUCUUUGCCGCGCUCAACCUAGCUUUCGGCUUCUCCCUUAUCAAGUUGCUCCCGUGGGGUCUGAACAAGCUCUUCGUCUACCUGACCACUUCCCUCGACAACAUCUGCAGAGAUCUGAUCAGGGAGAAGAGGCACGCGAUCAUCCAGAAAGAUGACAACCACUUCGACAUCCUGUCGCUUCUGAUCAAGUCCAACAACUUUGAUGACGAGGUCCUCAAAGACCAGCUUCUCACAUUUCUAGCUGCAGGGCACGAAACCACGGCGUCAGCACUCACCUGGUCGGCUUACCUCCUCGCCAAGCACCCGGAAAUCCAAAAGAAACUCCGGGAUGAGGUCGCGCAGACACUCGGGCAAGAUCCGCUGGCUGGCGACGCUUCAGCCGACUUGACGGGCCUGCUGAAGCAAAUGCCGUACCUCAAUGGCAUCAUGCAUGAGACACUACGCCUAUACCCCACCGUCCCGGUCACCAUGCGCGAGGCGCUCCGCGACACCAGCAUUGGCGAGCAGUUCAUCCCCAAGGGCACCGAGAUGGUCAUCUCAAUCUGGCAGAUCAACCGUUCGCCAGAGAUCUGGGGCCCGGAUGCGAGCGCCUUUCGCCCCGAGCGAUGGAUCAAUGCGGAUGACGGAAAGACAAAUAGACACGGUGGUGCCAAAAGCAACUAUGACUUCCUGACCUUCCUACAAGGGCCCCGGAGCUGUAUCGGCCAGGAGUUCGCAAAGGCCGAGAUGCGGUGUCUGCUCGCUGCGCUGGUGGCAUCCUUCUCCUGGGAUUUGGCUAUGGAUGAGUCCAAGAUCGUCCCGAGGGGCGUCAUCACGAUCAAGCCGGAACACGGUAUGUACUUGAGGAUGCGGCCUCUAAAUGGUGGCCAUUGAUCUAUGAUCUUAUGAUGUAUGUAGCAGAAAUGUCAAUGAAGUUUAAUUUCGCACUCGGAGACAACGACCUUG